GUCAACUCCACGCUGGCCAUCAAACGCAAAGAGAUUUCAGCUGCCCUCGUCGCCGCGGCGAGCCACAACAAGCUCACGUUCAAGAGCAGGCAGAAGAAGGGCGAGCGGAAGGAUGAGAUGAGCAAGCGGGUCAAAGACAUGAUUCGACACGUUGCUCAAUAUCGCUGCAAGAGCUCGGCUCCGAGCUGGCUCACCAAGCUCAGCCUGGACAGGGGCGACCUCAAGGGCCUCGACUCGGACGAGGAAGUGGAAGAGGAAGCGGCGGGGGAGGAGGAGGCCGAGGUCGACGAAGUCGAAGACGACGACUCGGACGAGGUGCCGAUCGUCAACAAGAAGCCAGCGGCCGCCCGCGUCACCGAGAAGAAGGAAUCCGUAACUAAGAUGGGUAGGGAGGAGGUGAUGUACGACUACGGGUACGACUCGUGCGCGAAUAUGGCCUACAGAUUGAUCGCCGGCCGCAAGAAGCAGGUCCCAGAGCAUGCCGCAGAGAUGAACAUCCCGAAGAAAUCGCAGCCCACGGACGCCAUGAUCGCCGUCUUCAAGGAGGGGGAGGAGCAACUGGUCAUGAACGGCGGCAAGAAGCUCCGUGACCCCGCCAACCAGGGCUGGUUGGGCAAGACCUCCGAUGGCACGAAGGUGGAGGCCCUUCUCCGAAGCAAUAACAGGAAGAACUACCCUCCACAGAAGUUGACGUGCAUCAAGGUCGGCGACGACCAACUGCUGCAAGUCGACGUCAAGCACUUCGCCACGAAGCUCGCGGAGGGCAAGUCGCUGGAGCAGACUGCCCUGGACUGGGCGCCAACCCUCGCAAAGGAUUUCGCCAAAGGCAAGGUCGACAAGAAGGGGGCGCUGGAGAUCAAUACCAA